AUGGCGGCGAACGAGGCGGCAGCGACCGCGUCGAGCGGCGCGCCAAAAAACGACAAAACGACGACAUCGGCAACAUCGGCAACUACAGCGACAGACACACUCUCGUCCGACCAGCAACGGCCAGCAGGCGACAGCGACGAGGUCCUUCCUGAUGCAGACGCAGACGAGCAAGGCCCUGGCGACGGAAUAGCCUCGCAAACGCAACCGGACACACAGGGCCAAAACGCACAAUCACAAACACAAACACAACCACCGCCUCCGCCAGGCCCCCGCGCCAGCCGUCUCCAGGCGCUCUUCGCGUCCAGUCUCGACCACACGCUGGCCAAGAUCAGCUGGGACAACUUCGCCGCCUGCUACCCGACCGCGGCCGCCAAGUCGCCACAGGCCCUCCGCACCGUCCACCGCGCCAUGGUCGACCGUCUCGGCGAGCUGUGUGCUGCCGAGUUUGCCGUCGUCAUGCGCAACCGCGACGUCGUGCGGCGGCUCAAUGAGCUGGAGACGUUGUCCGUGGACGCCCAGAAGCGGCGGUUGGCAGCCACGGCCACGGCCACGGCCUCAGGAGACAGAGGCACAGGCACAGGCAGCCCACCCCCGCCGCCCCACACCUUGCCUGCCGAGACGGUGCUGGCGGCACACCUGACACCCCAGCGCACGGCCCAGCGGAAGCUGCUGGAAGAGCGGCUGGCCGCCGUGCAGGCGGCCAACACGGCGCGGUUUGCCAGGCUGACAGCGCAGCAGGCCGAGGCGGCCCAGCUGGUGGCGGCGCUGGAGCGGGCCCUGGCGGACGCCGAAGGCGCUGCCGCGUUGCUGGAUGGCACAAGCGAGAACGGCCGCGGCGACGGGGUCGACAAUACUCUGGUGGCCGAGUUGGCACGGGAGACGCGGGCUGCCGAAGUGGAAAUGUCGGGGAUUUAG